CAUCUAGUUCUUGCAUCUCUUGUUUUGUUUUUUUUCUCUUCCUGGGUAUCAGGGAGUGAACCAAGGGAUCCCGGUGGCCCCGCCCACCGCUACAACCCCGCCCCUUAUUUAUCCUCGCGCGCACAGUCAGCUGCAGUGUUUUGGCCCACGGGCGGAGCCGUAGCCACAGUCCCCUCCGGCGUCCGUAGACGGGUGGCCCAGUGGCCCAGCUCCCAGGCAGAGGUGUAGGAUGUCGGAUGAGGAAACGCUGCAGCCCUCGGAGGCCCGCGCGACGGCUGUCGGCGACAUCCAGGAGUUGAUGCGGCGCAAGGAGGAGAUCGAGGCGCAGAUCAAGGCCAACUAUGACGUCCUGGAGGGCCAAAAAGGCGUCGGGAUGGACGAGCCACUGGUGGACUGCGAGGGUUACCCACGCGCGGACGUGGACCUGUACCAAGUGCGCACGGCCCGGCACAACAUCAUCUGCCUGCAGAACGACCACAAGGCAGUGAUGAAGCAGGUGGAGGAGGCUCUGCACCAGUUGCACGCCCGUGACAAGGAGAAGCAGGCCCGGGACCUGGCCGAGGCCCGCAGGGAGGCCCUGAGCCGCAGGCCAGGCCAGGGCGAGAGCCAGGGCCCCCCACAGGCCUUCGCCAGGGUGAACAGCAUCAGUGCCGGCUCCCCCGCCAGCUUCGCGGGCCUGCAGGUGGAGGAUGAGAUCGUGGAGUUCGGCUCCGUGAAUGCCCAGAACUUCCAGUCGCUGCAGAACGUCGGCAGCGUGGUGCAGCACAGCCAGGGGAGGCCCCUGACGGUGACCGUGAUCCGCAGAGGGGAGAGACUGCAGCUCCGCCUCGUCCCCACGCGCUGGGCGGGGAAAGGCCUGCUGGGCUGCAACAUUGUCCCUCUGCAGAGAUGACUGUCCCUGGGGAGCAGCAGUGGGCACCACUCUGUGCCCUGGACCUGGGCCACCACGGGACCCCCAUUCUCUCUGCUCCCCGAAGUCUCAGGAUCGUCUGGUGGCCGAAAUGCUGUCAUUGCUGGGUGGAGGCAUCUUUAGAAACAAAAUCUGUGCUCGGCAUCUCUGACCAAUCAGGACAGAACCUGAAUGAGAAUUCUCGGUUGGGGCAGGCGGGAGCUGUGGGAAGGUGUGGCUGACGCUAUGCUGGAGGAAACAGCAUAGCAUCCCCAAACAUGGCCAUGCAGGCGGCGGUGAGCAUGUAGCGCCCCACUGGAAUUUCUCCCGAGCAUCUCCAGCCCCAGGAGAAGGUUAGAGCCGGGCGGGAACAUCCUGAAAGCUGUGCAAAACUAACAGCAAUGUGCCGCAGACAAGCUCUGGCGGUGUCCUUGUCCUUGACUUUGCUGCUGUGUACACAGAGCGCCCAGUCGCUCAGCGCAGCCGCAGUGGCCAGGGCUCUUGGGCCCUUGGGGUCCCGGGAAGCCCCAGGAAGCCCCGAGGGUGGCCUGGCCCUGCCCUGGAAGGAAGCCCACUGUUGUGCUUCCCGCUUGACCUGUAAUCAAAACUCCCAGCAUCCCCCAAGGUCAGCAUUUUUACAAGCUGUGUUCGACAGUGCUGAUCGGAAGUGUUUACAGAUCUGACCUCUUCUGAGUGCCACUUGCUUCCUUCUUACUCGCUCUGUUAAGAUUAAGAUCAUUCCUUGGACUCCAUGUCUGAACCCUUCCCUCCAUGGCGGCCUCACGUUCAUCGGCCCCGUUUCGCAGACCGCUCCCUCUUGGAGAGGCCCGGGACAUUCUGCCGAGGCGUGUGCCCUUGGCUGGAGCGGGUGACCAGCCCGGGAUGUCAGGCUGCACGCCAAAGCGGUCUCCCCCAAGUGUGCCCUCGGCGCUCGGCGUCUAGCAGGGCUUCCCCUCGGAGCUGCGCGCUCCAAGGCGAGUAUUUCCCAUCUCUGUAAGCCGUGGACUGUAAUAAAGUUUGUACCCCCCGCUUCCA